CCAGAAUCCGUGUAAUUUUGGUGUAAAUGGCUCGUUCUGAGUGAGAAAGAGUGAAUAUUAUUGAAUAUACCAGUGCAAUUUCGCGUGUAGAGUACAAAAACAUAUCAGUAUCGCAAUAUCUUGCAUUUCCGACCAACGAAAUCCCUGUAAUUUUAGUUUGAUUGUAGUAAAUAUCACAGUCCCCUAUAAAUUUCCAUCACCCUUCCCUGUUUUUCCCCCAUUCAUUGAGCAAUUGUGAUCUAUUUGUUGCAUUUCCCAUCUAUCCUGUUUGCCGAGAGUGAGUGUAGUGUGAAAUAAGUGAGUGAGAAGCGAGAAAACGCAAUGGAUCAACAGAGUUUGAUAUGGGAUGAGCAUCGGAACUUCCUUAAGAUGUUCGCUGCCUCGGUGAAUCCCAACGAUCCACUGCCUGUGCGAGUGUCCAGCUACAAUUUGACUGAGGACGAGAUUGACGGUGAAAUAAUUCACUGGUCGCUGCAAUAUUUAUCCACCAGAAAUUGUCCAUCGACUCUGCUCAAUCCAAUAGUCCGAGCCGUUAUUGAGAGAAUUAAGCAGCAAUGCCAGAAAUCGCCAGAUGUCUGUGGCUACAAUCCCGAGAAGAAAUACUAUCAGCCAAUUAAAUUGAUGAGAUCAGUCACGGCAAUGGUGGACGAGGUGUGUCUGAAGGCGCUGGACAAUGCGGAAUUGGACCUGAUGAUGCCACGGAUAUGCCUAUCGAAAUUGCCGCCAAAGUAUGAAUCGUACGCCGUGAAGAAUGGGCGAAGAAUCAUGGAGGAUCGCCAUGUGGUGGUGGACGAUUUCAAUGGGUUGUUUGCGGUGAAGGCGAAAGAUAGCCAGCGGACGGGCUUCUAUGCGAUCUUCGACGGACACGGUGGUCUCGAUGCUGCUGUCUACAGCGUCUCCCACCUUCACUACCACUUGUCCGAGAGUGUCUACUAUCCAGAUUCGCCGGCUGAGGCAAUCAAGGAUGCCUUCAUUCGUACUGAUGAGGCUUUUAUCCAGAAGAAUGAGUUCAGAACGCUGAAAGGUGGCACAACGGCUCUAUGUGUGCUGCACAGACCGGAGGAGAAGUGGCUCUACGUGGGCUGGGUUGGUGAUACUCAGGCGCUUUUAGUUAAAAAUCGAAAAGUUUUCCAAACUGUUAAGCCACACAAGGCAGACGAUGAGGCUGAGCAGAAGAGAAUCGCCAGACAAGGUGGUGCUUGUAUAAUGUAUAAUGGCGUUUGGCGUGUUAAUGGACAAUUAGCAAUCACACGAGCCAUCGGUGAUGUUGACUACAAACCCUACGUGACGAGUGAACCGGAAAUAAUGUCGAUUCCACUGGACGGCGAUGAGGACUUUCUAAUAAUGGCCAGUGAUGGCCUGUGGGAUCACGUGAAGGAGGAUGAUGCUGCUAUAGCUGUGUACAAUAUGGCAGCGCAGAAGGCCACAGACACUUCGUCGUGCAUCUCGCAAUACUUGGUGGACAGGGCGAAGGCGGACGGUUCCACUGACAACAUCACCAUCAUCAUCGUUUUCCUGAAGGAUCCGGCGAUUAUCGGGAAAUCCGUGGCUGAUUGGGCGCAGCAGCAAGUGGCCAUGGAAACGGAGUAUGCAACCAACAAUGAUCCACUGUACGCUUCUGAUCAAAUCAUCGGCACGGCCGGUGGGACUCUGGGGUCCGAGGAGGAGGAGGACAGUUUGAACAACCUGGUGAAGUCUGCACCGUCGCCGCUGGGGAGUGCUGUGACUGGGGAUUUGCUUGUGGAUGAGAAUAACUUCUAUUGUGAUACGAAUCUGAAUGGAUCUGGCGUGAACAUUGUGCCGGAGGUGCUUCAGUCGUCGACAGGGAAGCGUCCAGCUGCGGACAACAAUGACGAGGAGGGUGAUUUGGGACCAGAGACAGAUGUGGAUGCUGGUGAUGAGAUUAUGCUGAGUCCGGAGGAGGAGGAGGAGUCCAGUGCGGCGGCGAAGGAGGAGAAGCAGUUUGAGCCAAAAGAAACGGAUGCCAGUGAGGAGUCGCCAGAAGACUACAAUCCCUUCAUCACACACUCCAAUGAGGAGCAAUUUGAAGUGCGCCAGGAGAAUAUUCUCAACUUUGCCAGUGACUUCAGUGCACCAAUCUCAGGAGAUUUACCGCCAAUGCAGCACAAUCCCUUCGACAUUCCAGUGAAUGAGAGUGAGGAGGAUGCCUUCCAUGUGACGGCGCACAAUGCUGAGAUUCCUCAUGAGUUCAGUCAGGCUGACGAUGUGCAAACGCCCAACACUGUGGAGUCCAUGGAGAGUGAUUAUCUGAACCAAAAUGUGGACGUAACGGAUGAUUGCGAGACAAUCAGAAAUGUUCCAGAAUUGGUGGAACAAUUGCCGGAAGUGGCCAAUGAUGAGAUUUCUCUCUUUGGCAAGAACCUCGACGCCCUGCAGGCAUUUAAUGAGGCAACACCUCAAGAUGAGAAUUUCGACGAGAGCCAUGAAAUGCCGGCCGGCAUGGACGUGGUGAUGGGAGAGCAGCAACAGGAAGUCAGUGAGGAAGUGUCGGAUGUUCUCGCGGAAACGCAGCAGAGUGCUCCUGAUCAGCCUCAGCAGGAACACCUGGAAGAUGUCAGUUGUGAGAUCACCUCAGCACAGAAAUCUGACAGUGUGGUGGCGGAAUUAGCAAGUGACACACCAGCGACUGAAAGUGGAGCAAUUGUUGAGAGCGAAGAGGAGUCCGACGAGGAGUGGAAUUACAUUAAGGGGGAGCACCAGAAGGAGCUGAAAGUGAAGGAAUCUCACGCAAUUUCGCAAGCAAUUGCUGAGUCUCAAGAGGCCUGUUCAGAUCUUAUUAACGAGGACGCCUUGUCUGAGAGGGAACAAGAACAAGAACUGGUGGAUUUGGAGAAGAAGGAGGACAGUGACGACGCAAUGGCAUCUAAAUUGAAUCCCGACGCCCAGGAGUUUGUUCCAUCAUCGCCAGUUAACAACUCUGUGGGUGGAAUGAAGGAGAACAAUCAUCACUUCAAUAUUCUGGGGUCGGAUGAGAUUCUGGCGCAGAGUCCGAGGAAGGGCAAUGGUCAGCCUGACAAUGCACUGUUUGAUCUGCCCGAUGCGGAUCAGUUCAAUGCAGACAUUUUAAAGUGUCCCAAUGAAAUGGAUGGAGUGUUCUUGCCACAGUCGCCGACAAACUACCAGGAGAUCAACCUGAAGGAGGCGAUGCAUGGCGAUGAGAAGAAGGACGAGAGUGUGGAGGACACGUCAGAGAAGUCACCUCAGUCGACAGAUGACCAAAUCAAUGAUAUUAUCAAAAAUAUUCCCUCUGCACUGACCAUCGGUGAUACGGUGCCUGAUGAAAAGGACCCCAUGAACAUGUCCUAUCACCAGGACAUAAACGAUGGAUCCUUCUCGACUGAUCCGCACGAUAUGAACUCAGUGCACUUGCUUCCGUCGAAGGAGGAGCUCGAGGAUGCAUCUGAGGAGGACAACAAGGACAAUGCUGAUGUGGGCGAUGAAGCGCUGAAGGCCGAAGAGGAUAUGUUCCAGAGUGAGCCUGAGCGCGAAUUUGUGGCUGAGUCAGAGAAGCCAGAGUCGGAAUUGGAAGCGGCAUCAGUGUUGUUGGACUUCGCGCAGCAGAAGCCAGUGAUGGCGGACUUAUUGGUUGAUACAGUGCCUCAGGGUCACGUUGAUGUGACAGACUUAGAUUCGGACUUUACAGGAAUGGUGGAUCAGGCGAAGUUAUCACCGGAUGCUGAGGAGUUUGUGCCCAAUAACAGGGUGGAAUCACAGGGUGUAGAUUUGAGUUCAUUGCCAGAGUCUGAGUUCACGGGCAAGAGUCAAUUGGAGGAGAAGGAGAUGACUGUUGAGGACUCACCGGAGUCGGAUCACUGUUUCCUCAAGGAUUCGGCGACUGAUUUGCUGGUGACACAGGAGGCUGUGGUGCAGAGCAAAGUGGAGACUCCGCCACCAACACCUGCCGCCACGAAUAAUGGAAUGAUUGAGAUUUCUCAGCGUCUGACUAGUCCUGAACCCCAGAAGCUCAUGGAGGCGAUGGAGAAAUUGGCAGAGCCAUUGGCUGAGGAGACCAAACCGGAGGAGAAGAUUAUCGAGGAAGUGAGUAAGACUGAGAAGGAGGAGGAAUCUGUGCUUCCGGCUGUGGCUGCUGUUGCUGGAUUGGCUGUUGCGGGUGCUGCAGUGGUUGCUGUAACGGCGACCAAAGAGGAGGUGAAGAAGAAGACAGCAAAGGCGGUAGAAAGUUCCAAAAAGGAAGAGCCAAAGGCUAAGCCUCGCACAACUAAGCCGGCGAGUGCUGGUGCAAAGCCGGCAGCAACUGCAGCGCCCAGGACGUCCGUUGGGACAAAGGCUGCUCCAGCUGCGGGAAAAGUGUCUCCAGUGAAGCCGCCAUCCACACUCACAGCGCGUCCAAGAUCAAGUCCAGCGACCACAGCCACGAAGUCUCCAGUCACAGCGACAGCCAAGUCGCCCCUGACAACAGCCAGGAAGCCUCUGACAUCACCCUCAGCCGCCGCGAAAUCGCCAUUGGCCACAUCUGCUGCUCCCAAGACGACAUUGGCCUCUCGCACGUCAACCACAAGAUCACCCCUGACCAAACCAAAUUCUGCCACGGCCACGAGGACAGCGACUGGCGUGACUGCACCCAAGACGAGCAGCAGCACUGGAGCGACGAGUGGAGUGAGGAAGACAACUUCCACGACUUCGACAGUGUCAACCACAAAGAAUCUGUCGACAAAACCAACAGUGCUGUCGGCACGGCCCAAAGUGUCUUCGACAGGUGCUACGACGGGAACGAGCUCUACCACGACAACAGUGGCGAAAACAACACGCACGACACUCUCGACAGCCAAGCCGAGAGUUCCGAGUGCAACGACAACAACUACGACUCGAACAGUGUCUGCAGUGAAGGAUAGCAAGGAUGUGGCGAGCAAAUUGGCGCCCAAAACAACAUCACGACCACUAUCGGCAACCACGAAAUCUCUUGCGCCCAAGCCCACAAUCACAUCGACUUUGAGGAAGACAGCUGAAGCCACAUCCAAGGUUUCAGCCACCACAACUUCGAAGAAUGGCGUGAAGACGACCACGACAACCACCACCUCGACUGCUAAGAGGCCGGGAUCUCUGACGUCGCGCACGACAACAACAACAACCAAAAAGACAACAACCACGAAAGUGGGUGCAGCGGCGACGGAGAAGAAGCCAGUGGCAGCUGUGACGGAAAUUAAGACGAUUGAGGUGAUGGAGAAGCUGUCGAAUGGUGAUUUGCUGCACUUGGAGGAGAAGGUGGACGGUGUCGAUGUGAAGAAGGAGGUGGAAUCUCAGAAAAUUCUGGACAAUGCAGCACAAUUGAUAAUUGACCUCAAGAACGACUAAGUAGCUUUGAGUCUCUCUGAAAAGAUUUUGUCACUUGAACUUCAUCAUCACUACUUUAUGAAACUAGGGAAACACAGAAAAUGGGAGGGAAGAGAGAGAGAGAGAGAGAGAAAAGAAGGGAGAUUGGAUGGAUUGUGGGUGUGAAGAUAGAUGAGAAUAUUGAACUUAUAAACUAUUAAAUACUGUCCCUUCGUGUGACGUUGUAAUAUGAUUUAUAUGUGGGGAGAUGAGGAGUUGUGAACAAAUGAAGAAAAAAAAUAUUUUAAUUGAUAUUCUGGGCACAACGAGGGAUUUUGUAUCCUAUAAGUUUUAGCUGCAGUUGAAAUAAUAACUUGUGUUUAUCGUUUUCUCAAUAUGAAGAGAGCGAUUGUUUUAAGUUUGUUUCAUUUAGGGAUCGAAGAUAAAUCAAAAAAAAAAUGUUCGCUUUGCACAUUUCAUUAAAUGUAUUUUAUUCUACCAUUUUGUUUGUCAAAAAGGGACGAAAUAUUACCUUAGCCUUUAUCCAAAAAAAACACGUAAUCUGAUAUGCAUACAUUGAAAUAUAAAAUUAUCGCAAUACUAAUAAUUCAAUAUUGAAUAAAUAAUGGUCAAUGGACGGAGGACUUAGGGAAGAGAGAGUGUACUGAAGAAGUGUAUUAUUGAAAUGAUGAAUGAGAAAUACAGAUGUGGAAGUAGUGAUUAAAUCUAUGUGCUUAUCCUACAGACGAGGAAAUAGAUUUCUGAGAAGGAUUUUGCGUGAGAAAAUACUAGAAAAAAUAUGCACGUAAAAUUGUAAUUCUUCAAAACAAAUCCUUAUUAAUCACAUACAAUUUUAACACAUAAACUAUAAAGACGACAAGAGCGAUGAUAAAGUAAGUGGAAGAAUGUUGUCUGACGCGCUGCUUGGUAUUGAAUUUCAUUUAUAAAAUGAAUUUGACGGCUUCAAUAGACUUUUUGAUGCGAUAAGAGACACGCACGGAAGGACGAAUUCGGUGGCAAAGAAUUGAGUCAGAUCAAAUUAAUGUUUCGAGUUGCCUGUUGAAUGUUGCUUUGCCUUAUUACAGUUUUUACUAUGUAUUUUAAAAAUAACAGUGAGUAAAUAACAAUUUUGAAAGAUAAUAUUAACAAGUAUAAUAUCAUAAUGCAAGAAAUGGAAAGUGCGAGCAAUUUAAACUUAUAGUUUUUUUUUUCCUUCUACGAUGUCGUUUGACUUACGAAAAUUAUGAAGUAUUAAUAGGAAUUUCAAUAUCUUUAUUUGACUUUCUCUUGUAAUGAUUCUGUUUAGACUGGCAAAGACUUUUCUGUUAAUUAUGUUUCAUCCAAAAAAAAAAAAUUAUGUUUGUCCUUUGAAAAUGAAUGUGUUGACAAUGACAAAAAUUGGCUAAAAUAUGUACUCAGUUUCUCGUGCAGGACAAAAAGGAAGGGAGUUUGAGAGGAAAAAAAUCACAGAUUUACAUAAAUUUACUAAAUUAGUGAAAUUGCACGAAGAAAAUUAUUGUGGCUUUGUUUUUAUCAAAUGCUUUUGGAUUUUAUUUUUAAUUGAGAAAUGAAAAAAAAAACUUCAUCAUUUUAGAAAGCUUAUCCUUUUCCUUGAUGAUUUUACUAGAGAUAUUACUACAACAAAAUUUAACUCAAUUGAAGAAAUUCAGCACGUUUUAUUUUUUAUUUUUUUUGGGAAAUGCGACACAGCAAAAAAUGAAGUUUAUAUUUGAAAGAGAAAAAAAAUUACAAGAACAAAACGUAUAACAUAAGAUUUUUCUAGAUUGUAAAGCAUUUCUUACAUAUAUUAUUUUGAUAUAAAAUAUAUUUAUAAAUUUUAUGGAGGA